AUGCGUGAUUACACCGACGUCGACAUCAUCCUCUCACACGCGGGAGGAACACUCCCUUACCUGGCCAAUCGUAUCGAGUGCUUGUUGCUCAACCCGGCCUUGGCGGGGAUGGUGAACAUCACGCGCGAGGACGUCAAAGCUGGGUUUGCAAAAUUCUACUUUGACACCGCGCUUAUUAGCUCCACUGCCCAGCUGGAGAGCCUCCUUGAUUACACGAGCUCUGAUCGGGUCCUCUUUGGGACAGAUUUCCCCUAUGCUGGAAAGGAAGCUAUUGCAGCUGUGUUGGGCCAGUACCACGAUUUUGUUGGGAAAAACCCCAGGGGAGGAGCAAUUCAGCCGGCGGUGUUGAGGGAGAGUGCUGCUCGGUUGUUGGAGAGGUAUGGCCAUCGUUGA